CAUGUCCGCCAUGUUCAGCCCGUUCCGCCGCGGCGCAGCCUUCAUCCAACGGUCAGCGCACGAGUCGCCCCCCGUCUUCUGGGCCAUCGUCCUCGGCGCACUCGGCCCCGCCAUGGUCCUCACCGUUCCCGAGGCACGCAAGCGGUUCUUCGGGUACAAGCAGGCCGAGCGGCCCCCGACGACCUACCCUCUGCCGAACCGGCCAAGGGAGGCCGUCGAGGGCUACGAGGACGGCUGGAAGCUCAAGGCAUGAGCUGGGUCUCGCGAGGGAGCGCGCGGGCGACGAUGAGUCGAGUCGCGGUGCGGGUGCAAGGAUGUCUCUCUGUCUCUCAUC